AUGGCCGCGUCUAAACCACUCAACGCGCUUGUCGUCGGCGCAAAUGGCUAUCUUGGCUCCGCGAUUUGCCGUGCCCUCCUCCGGGCUCACACUCCUCCCUUGUCGUUCUUCCGCGUGCACGGCAUCGUUAGACGCGGGUCUGCCGCCCCAGCACUGGCCGCCGAGGAAGUCAAUCCCAUCGUGGGCUCUGUGUCUGAGCCGGAGGCUCUGGCUGCAAAGGUGCUGUCGCACUCGCGUACCUGGGACAUUGUCGUCAUAUGUACCGAGCCGUCGAAGCUCAGUCGCGACGCAGAGGACACGCACUGGCGCGAUAUGCUGUCAUUCCUCAAGAGCAUCGCUGCAGCGUCGUCAUCGGCGGAGCCGCCCGUUCGGCCAUUGGUACUCUGGUCCUCCGGCUGCAAGGACUACGGUGCAACGAAGCUUCACGGUGACCCCGAACUGUUGCCUCAUACCGAAAACUCACCCUUGAUCCCUCACCCGCUUGUUGAAGCGCGCAUGAAAGGUGCCACACGCUCGCUUGAGGAAUCGCAGGACGGUGGAGGAGGGGCGGGCUUCGACAUGACCAUUCUGCGAGCAACCCCCUUGUUUGGCUACACCGGCAGUUACUACGGUGCGCUCCUCGACUACAUGGACGCCUACGUCGCAAAUUCGGGACGCAGUGGGGAAGUGCUCAAGAUUCCAUCGUCUCCUCGUACCAUAAUCCACGGGAUCCACGUCGACGACUGUGCAGAUGCAUAUGUCGCGCUCGCCACUACCGCCCUCUUCGGCCGGGGUCCUGACCACACCCCAGCCCGUUCGGCCCUUGCUGGUCAGGCGUUCAACAUAUCUGGUCGACGCUAUGAGACGCUUCAGGAAAUUGCCGCUAUCCUUGCCAUAGAGUAUGGCUUCACCGACGUGGCGUUUGUCGCAUCGAUCGACGAGCUCCCACCGGCGAUCCAGCGACUGAGUGGCGUCGACUUCGUCUUUGGACACAGUCAAUGGGUGGAUAGCAAGAAGAUACGAGCCGCAACGGGCUGGACUGACUCGCGUCCACUAUUUCAUGAGAACGUCGGCGUGUUCCGCAGGGCAUACGACGCGGCCAAGGCGCAGGGAGACGAGAAGGUGGAGACGACACGGCGGCGUAUUGGAGGACUUUGGUCCGACGAAAAGAGGACCACGUGA